AGUUUACAGUUGGAGCCUUGGUAGAAAAUGGCGUCAGCUAAGUUUCUCGAGGAAGCUCUGAGUACAGACGUUGAUGAAUCUGCUGUUAAUGAAAUUGUUGGUUCAUUGGAGACACAAUUAGUAACAUCAACAACAAAUCAAAUGACAAAUAAUCAACAAAAUAAAAAUAAUAGUGAUACAAUUGUUGGUUCAUCAAAGACACAAUUAGUAACAUCAACAACAAAUCAAAUAACAACAAAUAAUCAACAAAUUAAAAAUAAUGAUACAGUUAAAUUAGUAUAUCCAACAACUGGACAAGUUUUAUCAACAAGUGGUAUUGUUAAUGUUAAUAAUAAACAAUUACAAUUCACAACAAAUAAAAAUACUGGACAAUUAGGUAAUGGUAUAGUAUCAUUAAGUGGUUCUGGUGGUGGUGGUGGUGGUGGUGGUAGUGUUGUUACAACUCAAACAUCAAAUGUAUCAACAAAUUCUGCUACUGCUGUUGGUGCUAGUACAGUAACAUCAAAUAUUAAUAAAACAAGUGGUACACAAUCAAUUGUAUUACAACCAUUAAAUGUAUCAACAAAUUCUGUUGUUGUUAGUGGUGGACAAACAAUAACAACAAAUAUUAAUAAAACACAACAACAACAACAACCAAGUGCAACACAAACAAUUGUAUUAAAUAAAAGUAAUAUACAAGCUGGUAUGGUUUCAGUACCAAUGUCAGUGCCAGUAUCUGUUGCUGGCAAUACUGCCAAUGCAACGUUACAAGGUAGACCAAUUGGUGUUGCCACCAGUAGUGGUGGUGGAGGUGGAGGAGGUGGUGGUGGUGGACAAACAAUUGUACCAGGUAAUUUACAAAUAGUUAAUGUCAAUCAAGUGAGACCAUCAACACCAGUUGGUAAUCAUCAAACUGGUAGACAAGUACCAUCAAGAGUUAUUCUCAGUCCACAAAUAUUAACAAGACCUGGUGGUCCAGGGAUAACACUGCAUGGUUUACAAUCUGGUGCACAAGGACAUCUUAUUGUUAAAACUGAAAAUGGACAAUUUCAAUUAUUACGAGUUGGACCACCACAAACACCUGGAACACCUGGUAAUAAUGCUGUAACACCAAAUUCAAUAAGUGGUAAUGCUGUUGUUGGACAAAAUCCUGGUACAACAACAACUUUUCGUCUUGCUUCGGUACCAGCAGCAGCAGUAAGUAGGAUGAAUACACAGUUCACUGGUCCACCACUCACCACCAUAAGAAAACCCAUUCAGGCAGUGGCACCAAUUGUUGCAACAACAACUGUUACACCAGCAACUGCAACAGCACCAGCUCCAAUGACUGUAACACCACCGACACCUACUACUCAAGCAACAGCACCACAACCACCACCGCCAUCACAAACACCAGCACAAAAUCAAUCACCUGCUCAGCGUCAAACAACAACUGAAAAUACCAAAGAAAAGUGUCGAAAAUUUUUAGCAAAUUUAUUAGAGUUGUCUAGUCGUGAGCCUAGAUCUGUUGAACGUAACGUUAGAACAUUAAUACAAGAAUUAAUUGAUACUCAAGUUGAGCCAGAAGAAUUUUGUGAUAGACUUGAAAAAUUAUUAAAUGCAUCACCACAACCAUGUCUUAUUGGUUUUCUUAAAAAAAGUUUACCAUUAUUACGACAAUCACUUGUAACAGGAGAAUUAGUUAUUGACGGAAUUAAACCACCACCACCAAAUGUUGUAUUUUCAAUAGCAACAACACCAUCAACAGUUCAACAGAAUCAAGUUAGAACGACAAUGGCUGUACCACAAGCAAGUCCAUAUGUUGUAGCAAGUGCACAAGUACCAACUCGUGUUAUGCCACCACCACCAACAGUACCAUCAACAGUAACAGCUGUACCAACAAUUCAAACAACUCCAAGACCACAACAAGUACAUCAAAGACUCAUAAGACCAACAAAUGUUAGAUCAGCACCUUUUGCUGUUAGAGCAACAAAUUCAACGACAAUUACACGUCCACCAGCACAACCAAUUGCACAAAAAAUAACAACAAUAACAGCAACACCAACAACAACAUCAACACCUGUUAUUAAAACAAUAACAACAACAACAGCUAUUCAAGGAAAAAUUGUUAAUACACCAACAACAAUACAUAAAACCAUUGUGCCUUCUACAAUAUUACCAAAACCAACAGCUAAAGAAAAAGAAAAAAAAACUUUUUCAUCUGCUGGUUAUACGUUAGUUGGUGAUGAUGACAUUAAUGAUGUUGCUGCAAUGGGUGGUGUUAAUCUUGCAGAAGAAUCACAAAGAAUUUUAGGAUCAACUGAAUUUGUUGGUACACAAAUACGUUCUUGCAAAGAUGAAAUAUUUCUUCAUGUAUCACCUCUUCAACAAAAAAUUAAACAAAUUGUUAGCAGUCAUGGUCUUGAAGAGCCAAAUCAAGAAGUAGCUGCAUUAAUAUCACAUGCCACUCAAGAAAGAUUAAAAAAUUUAGUUGAAAAAUUAGCAGUUAUUGCUGGACAUAGAAUGGAAAUAAUAAGAAAUGAUAGUAUGUAUGAGAUAACACAAGAUGUCAAAGGGCAAUUAAGAUUUUUAGAAGAUAUUGAUAAAGUGGAACGUAAAAGACAUGAAGAACAAGAACGUGAAAUUCUUAUGAAAGCAGCUAAGAGUAGAUCUAAAAAUGAAGAUCCAGAACAACUUAAAUUAAAACAAAUGGCCAAAGAAAGACAAAGAGUAGAACAAGAAGAAGCGAGACAAAAAGAUGCAAAUUCUACAGCAUUACAAGCAAUUGGAACAAGAAAAAAACAAAAAUUAGAUGAUGGUAAUGGUUCAAGUACAGGUACAGGUACUAAUUUUCAAUCAAAUGCAAAUGUCAAUCGUAAAAUUACAAGACCGCGUGUUAAACGUGUUAAUUUUCGUGAUUUAUUAUUUUUAUUGGAACAAGAAAAAGAUACCAGUCGAAGUACAAUGUUGUACAAAGCAUUUUUAAAGUGAUCCUCUUUAUUGGGCAAUUACUAUUGUCAUUUGCCCAAUUAUUUCGAAUCAAUCAGUGGUAAAAUAAAAAUUAAUAACACUGAAUUAUUAUUUUUUUUUUAUAUUGUAAAAUAUUGAUAAAACUUAUAUUAUUUUAUAACUAUUGUUUAUUUUUUUUUUCUAUCAUCAUGAAAAUAAUAAGAAAUAAAUAAAAACAAUUAGCUAGUAUCAGAUUAAUAAAUAAGUUGAGUGGAAAAAUAAAUAAAAAAUAAUGAAACAAAAUAAAUUAAGCACUUCCUAUAUGAUAUAUUAUGUAAAUGACUGAAAAACAAAAAAACAAAAAAAAUAUAAAAUAGAUAACUGUUUAUUUUCGUGAGAGGAGAAGAAAAAAAAUGAUAAAAAAAAGAGAAAUGUCUUCACAGUGUAGCAGUUGAUCAUGGGGUUGGUAAAUUUAGUUAUUGAUAAAAAAAAAUAUAUAUAUAUAAAUAGCAAAUUAAAUUCGGAAUUAGAUAGCUUUUUUUUUUUCGAAAUUUGUGUAUGUCAACUAAUUGAUUAUUUAAUAAUAAUAAUUGUGACAAUUUGUAUUUGUAUGAGUAAUUUUUUUUCCAUUUGUUAAUUUAAAUGUUAAUAAUGUUCAUAUUUUUUUAUUGUAAAAUACAAAAAAAAAAAAGAAAAUAAUCAAGCAUUUAUGUAUUGUUCAAAUUAAACGAAAUAAUAAUAAUAAUGACUAUUAUUUAUUGUUAUUAUUAUUUUUAUAUUUAAUUUGUCUGGAUAAUAGUCGAAUCAGUCAGGUUACCAUAUGUGACUCGGAGAAAUUUUACCGCGCAUUUCUUCAACUGAGUCUUUCGAAACAAUUUUUUCUCGUCAGCGAUUUCGGAGAAAUUUUCCCGAUACUUCUCCGCAUGUGCUAGUUUGGGAGAAACUCGAAGU